CGGUGGAGGACCGGAAGGAGUGUGGUCCUCCUACUACUCACUCUCUCUCUCAAUGAAGGUUGAGCUUCACUCCAGACUGCACCUUCUUCUCUCCAACGUCUGAGUCAAACUAGGACCGUGCGGGGGCAUGGGUCCGGCCCGGACCUGCACACUGCGAUCUAGUGGGCCCAUUCCACACUCAACAGGCCCGACUCCAACUCCAGCCUCGGGGACUUUGGUGGGAGCCACUUUUCCAGGAAUCCACUGAGGUCUUGGCCUUCCUCAUGUUCUGUAAGACCCACGAGCUAGUGUUUGAAGAACUGAAGACGGAAGUUUCAAAAACAGAUGAAGGGCUUAUGCCCGAAAUGUCAACUCUCUUGCUCUUCACAUGCUGCCUGACCUGCUGUGCUUUUCCAGCACUGCACUUUUCGACUCUGACUCUGAGCAUCUGCAGUCCUCACUUUGACAACAAUGUCUGACAGUCACUCAAUCCAUCAGGACCGCAACGAUUUUCAGCUAUGAUUCUGUGAGAAGGAGCCAAGCUUUUUCAUUCCUGUUUCAGUACAAUUUCAGUAUCCGUGGGACUGGAUGAGAGACCCUACUGUUGCAGAGCACUGAGUGUGGUCCUGAAACAGUUAUACAGUCUGGAAAGAGGAACUCACGGCAGGAAGGGUCUCUACACGCAGUGGUGUGUGACUAAAGCUUUGUCCAUGGAGGAACCUGAGGGAUCCCACCCCGUGGAGAAACCGUGGAAGUGUGGCGACUGUGGGAGAGGCUUCCGUGCCCCGUCUGUCCUGGAGACCCAUCGGCGCAUCCACACUGGGGAGAGACCGUUCUCCUGCACCGAGUGCGGGAAGGGCUUUACUCAGGCCUACAACCUACUGACCCACCAGCGGGUCCACACGGGGGAGAGGCCGUUCUCCUGCACCGAUUGCGGGAAGGGCUUUACCCAGGCCUCCCACCUGCUGAGGCACCGGCGGGUCCACACGGGGGAGAGGCUGUUCCUCUGCCCAGAGUGCGGGAAGGGCUUUACCCAGGCCUCCCACCUGCUAACCCACCAGCGGGUCCACACGGGUGAGAGGCUAUUCCUCUGCCCAGAGUGUGGGAAGACCUUCAGCAAUUCCUCCAUCCUUCUGAGGCACCGGCAGGUCCACACAGAGGAGAGGCUGUUCCUCUGCCCCGAGUGCGGGAAGGCCUUCAGACAUUCCUCCGUCCUGCUGAGGCACCAGUGGGUCCACACGGGAGAGAGGCCCUUCAGCUGCCCUGAGUGCGGGAAGGCCUUCAGGAAUUCCUCGCACCUGCUGACCCACCGGCGGAUCCACACGGGAGAGACGCCCUUCAGCUGCCCCGAGUGUGGGAAGGCGUUCAGGAACUCCUCCGCCCUGCUGACCCACCGGCGGAUCCACACAGGGGAGAGGCCAUUCUCCUGCCCCAAGUGUGAGAAGGCCUUCAGCGAUUCCUCUGCCCUGCGGAGGCACCAGCGGGUCCACACUGGGGAGAGGCCUUUCACCUGCUCUCAGUGUGGGAUGGCCUUCACCCGCUCCUCCCACCUGCAGAGGCACCAGCAAGUUCACGUGCCAUCGCAGGGGGAUUGUGGGAGCGAUGGCCCAGUGCCGUUAUCAACUGGAAUAUCCACCUAUGAUACGGCUUGGAAAGUGGAAAUCAUGGCAGGGAAGGGCUCUGCAGUCUUUUCUAUGGCUGACGUUUCGGCCAUGGAGAAACCCAGGAAAUCCCGCCCUUUGGAGAAACCGUGGAAGUGUGGUGACUGCGGGAAAGGCUUCCGUGCUCCGUGUGUCCUGGAGAGUCAUCGGCGCCGUCACACCGGGGAGAGGCCAUUCUCCUGCCCUGAGUGUGGGAAGGCCUUCAGCGAAUCCUCCACCCUGGUGGAUCACCGGCGUGUCCACACGGGGGAGAGGCCAUUCUCCUGCCCUGAGUGCGGGAAGGCCUUUAUUCGGUCCUCCCACCUGCUGAAGCACCAGCGGUUCCACACGGGGGAGAGGCCUUUCAGCUGCCCUGAGUGCAGGAAGGGCUUUACCCAGGCCUCCCACCUGGUGGCCCACCGACGGGUCCACACCGGGGAAAGGCCCUUCCUGUGCCCCGAGUGCGGGAAGGCUUUCAGCAAUUCCUCUGACAUGGUGAAGCACCGGCGGGUCCACACGGGGGAAAAGCCCUUCAGCUGCCCUGAGUGUGGGAAGGCCUUCAGCGAUUCCUCCCACCUGCAGAGGCACCGGCGGGUCCACACGGGGGAAAAGCCCUUCAGCUGCCCUGAGUGUGGGAAGGCCUUUAGUGAUUCCUCCUCCCUGCAGAGGCACCGGCGGGUCCACACGGGGGAAAGGCCCUUCCCAUGCCCCGAGUGCGGGAAGGCCUUCAGCGAGUCCUCUCACCUGCUGACUCACCAGCGGGUCCACACGGGGGAGAGGCCCUUCCCGUGCCCAGAGUGUGGGAAAGCCUUUAGCGAAUCCUCUCACCUGCUAGAGCACCGGCGGAUCCACACGGGGGAGAAGCCUUUCAGCUGCCCCGAGUGUGGGAAGGGCUUUACCCGGGUCGACACCCUGCAGACCCACUGGCGGGUCCACACCGGGGAGAGGCCCUUUAGCUGCCCCAAAUGCAGGAAAGCCUUCAGUGAUUCCUCCGACCUGCGGAAACACCAGCGGGUCCACACGGGGGAGAGGCCCUUCCCCUGCCCCGAGUGCGGGCACAGGUUUGCAUGUUCCAGCAACUUGCGGAAGCACCAGCAGGGGCACCAGCGCUCCCAACAAUCGGAUUCCUCCGGUGACACUGGUGUGGGUCACUCCCAGGACUGUCACGCCGGGGAGGGAUUCUACACGUGUUUGUGUGCGGCUGAAGCUUCGGCCAUGGAAAAACCUGAGGAAUCCUGCCCCAUGGAGAAACCAUGGAAGUGUGGCGACUGCGGGAAAGGCUUCUGUGCCCCGUCUGUCCUGGAGACUCAUCGGCGCAGUCACACCGGGGAGAGGCCAUUUUCUUGCCCCGAGUGCGGGAAGGGCUUCAGCAAUUCAUCCCACCUGCUGGCCCACCAGCGGAUCCACACGGGGGAGAGGCCCUUCAGCUGCCCCGAGUGCGGGAAGGCCUUCAGCAAUUCUUCUGCCCUGCUAAGGCACCAGCGUGUCCACACGGGGGAGAGGCCAUUCCCCUGCCCCGAGUGCGGGAAGGCUUUCAGCAAUUCCUCCGCCCUCCUGACCCACCAGCGGGUACACACCGGGGAGAGGCCUUUCAGCUGUCCCGAGUGCGCGAAGGGCUUUACCCAGGCCUCCACCCUGCUGAUACACUGGCGAGUCCACACGGGGGAGAGGCCCUUUAGCUGCCCGGAGUGCGGGAAGGGCUUUACGCAGGCCUUCGCCCUGCUGACACACCAGCGGGUCCACUCCGGGGAGAGGCCCUUCAGCUGCCCCGAGUGCAGGAAGGGAUUUACACAGACCUCUGCACUCUUGAGGCACCGGCGCGUUCACACGGGGGAGAGGCCCUUUAGCUGCCCUGAGUGCGGGAAGGGCUUUACCCAGUCCUCUCACCUGCGGAGGCACCAGCGGGUUCAUGUGCCAUUGCAGGGAAACUGGAGUGCAGGUACUGCAUCGUUUCAUCGGCAGCUUACUGGCAGCACCGGGAGAACACAUUACGUGUGUGAGUGGUCUUGCAACAGAUUGUUGAAGCUAGAGAGAGGCGGGGAUUCCCACGUGAUGGAGAAACCGUGGAAAUGUGGGGACUGCGGGAAGGAAUUCAAAUUCCCGUCCUUGCUUGAAAGCCAUCGUCGCUGUCACACUGGGGAGAGACCGUUCACGUGCUCCGUGUGUGGGAAGGGGUUCACCCAUACAUCCGCCCUGGUGACCCACCAGCAGGUCCAUACCGGGGAGAAGCCGUUCACCUGCUCUGUGUGUGAGAAGGGGUUCACCCAUUCAUCUGCCCUGGUGAUCCACGAGCGGGUCCACACCGGGGAGAGGCCGUUCACCUGCUCCGUGUGUGGGAAAGCAUUCAUUCAGUCCUCCAACCUGCAGAGUCACCAGCGGAUCCACACCGGGGAGAGACCAUUCACCUGCUCAGUGUGUGGGAAGGGAUUCAUUGAUUGUUCUUCCCUGCGGAGGCACCAGCCUGUUCACACUGGGGAGAGACCGUUCACCACCUCUGUCUGUGGGAAAGCUUUCAAUCAGUCAUCCCAUCUGUUCAGACACCAAUCCAGUCACACCGAGUAGAGAACGUUUGGAUUCUUUGUGGGCGUGACUUCUAUUAGUAUUCAAAAGGGCACACAUUCACUGGUGAGUUGAGCAUCUGUUUAAGACACACUUACUGAUUUGGAACACGCAGUGGAGUCAGAAGCUGUAUAUGUGUCCUGCUUGGCUCUGUGAAGAAAUCUACCCUGUGUAAAGAUUGGCUCCAGUUUCUCCCUUCCCCAUGAGGCUGCCAGGACGAUAACAUGGUGUGAGAUAUUGUAUUAUAGGUCUCUUUACUAACCCACUCACAAACACUUUCUAUUUACUCAUUCAUAAGUCUUUUCUAACCUGCUCACAAGAGCCCUAUAUCUAAUAAUACUGCAUUCCCAUUUCAUUCAUUCAUAACUCCUUCCUAUAAUGCGACUUCAUUCAGUCAUUCAUAAAACCACGGUUUUGUAGUAUAUUUUACUAUUACAAGAUAGACUAAAUUAAAACACCCUUUUCAACUCAUUUAUGCUUUUUCACGCCUUCAACCCUUAUCAGCUCUUGCUACAGGCAGUGUUUAGGCCUAUUUCUAAAGCAGAAGCUAAUUCUGAACAUAGUAACGUAUUCAGAACAAUACCAUCCCUUGCCAUGUUGUCUCCAUGAAAGAUUAUAAUAUCAAUCAGUCCUUACCAACCACCUCUCAGGACUUGCAUAGAUA